GAACCAUUUGGACAAGUGAACAUGUCGCGGCAUAUUGUAAAUUUGACCUUGUCGGUUCGGUUGACCUGCUUGAUUAUUUUGUCGUAUUCAACGAGUCAACAUAAUGUCUGUCCCUCCCCCACCACCUCCUCCUCAGAUUAAAUCUACCAGGCCACCACCAAAACAGGCCUGCGACUCUUCGGGUCCGGCGUUUUUGGCUGAUAUUAGGGCCGGCCGAACUCUUAGAAAAGUUCCAGAUUCUGAAAAGAAGGAUAGGAGUGCUCCUCUUGGGUCGAAACCAACAGAUCAAAAUAAUGAAGACAGUGCUUCAGGUCCACCAGCACCUGCUAGUGGAAAUCUCCCACCUGUUGGUCUUUCAAAUAUUUUUGCAAAUGGUGUACCAAAAUUGAAAUCUGUUAGUUCGGCAGAUGUUGGGCGUAAUAAUACGGUGCAGAAUUUAUCCACAAAACCAUCUAGUUAUGGGCACGUGAAAAGUCCUGCACCUCCCCCUCCCCCUCCCUUAUCUCCGUCUACUGCAGCGUCUGUAGCUCAGAAUAACUACUCGUUGUCAACUACUCCUUAUACGCUUUAUCAACAUUCGGCUCCAACGGCAAAUAAUAAUGCUACACGCGCCGGUUCAACAAACUCAGAUGUAAAUGGUAUACCUGUUGGUCAAUCAACUAAAGUGAUACGUAUUUCAUCAAACAUUAAUGGAAGCUUAACUGAUUUGCCAUGUGCACCAUCUUCUAAUAUAAAUCCAUAUUUACCUUCAUCUGUGUAUGAUAUGAACAAUUAUACAAUGAAUUCACGUGCACAUCCAACACCACCGCCUCCACCACCACCACUUCACCAACCAUCAUUAUCUUCAAUGGACAAUUACAAUUAUGAUAAUAAUAUCACUAGUCUUGUUCGUCAUUUUGAAAGUCGUUUUACUUUUCCUGAUAUUGGAAGUGUUCCUGUUCCAAAAUCAUAUCAUGGUCCUAAAACUUAUCGUGUUGGUAGUAUUAAUAGUAGUAUGAAUAACAGUAAUAACAUCAACGACAAUUACCGUAAUCAAGUGCCUUAUCGAGUGGCUCCUGCAGCACCAAGAAAUUACUAAAAACUCUUCUUUGACUUGAAUCAAUUUUUAUGUUUUUUUUUAAAAUCUUUCAAAUUCGAUUGACAACAAAUAAAUGGCAAAAAUGUUUACCUGUAUUUGGUGUGUUCCCUUGCCGAUUUCAAUACUACUAAGAAUAGUAGUAUCUAUCUAUAUAUAUAUAUUGUGAUUCAUAAAAGAAAACUAUUCAUACACAUUACAAAUUGUGAUUAAUUCUAAUUUCCCUUGACUGACUUCUCCUCUUUUUCUGUACUGUUCAUUUUAUUUUCUUAAUUGAGGUUGCUUUUUUUUGAGAGAGAGAGGGGGGGUUAAAGAGACAAAUUGUUUCUACCCUUCUGCUUUUUCUUUUACAAUGCUACAUUUUCCAUGCUUCAAAACAGCGUAUUGUACACAAGUACUACUGGCGUCCGUACAUAUAUAUAUGUAUAUGUGCGGUACAUCUUGUGUACUUUUAGUACCAGUAAUAAUAAUAAUAAUAGUAUUGGCAGUUUCAAUAGUAUCCCCUUUCCAUUUAUUUACUAAUCCUAUACCUUCAUCAUUUAGUUCAAGUUGUAUCUGUUUGAGAAAAACCAAACAAACAAACAAGCUAUAAACAGAAUAGUCUGUGAUCUAGAAGAGUAAUUCUUCACUUAUUCAAGUAUAUUCUCAUAUAUACACAUAUAUACGCCAUAUAUAGAUAGAUAGAUAGAUGUAAUGAUUGACAUCACGGAAACGUCUUCCAUUCUAUCCCAUCAGAAACUUGUUAUACAAUCUGUGUUUCAAUUGUUGUUGACUUGUUUUCCUUUUUUUUAUAAAAGACUUCUUGUUUUACACUUCUUAUUGCUAUCAUUAUUUUAUUACGUAAUAUGUAUUGUUUCAUGUAAUAUUCAUUGAGAAAACGGCACAAACAACUACCAGUGUUGUGUUCAUGAGGAUCAGUAUCCAGAAGACCACGACGAUUCAUAAGAAAUAAUAAUAAUAAUAAUAAUAAUUUCUUUCUUGUUU